AUGGUGGGCAGGAUCCGUGACCCCCUGACUGGAGCUGUGCUGCGUGCCUCUGGUAAGAAGGAUAGCCGUAACGAGGAUCGCGACGCGAAUCCUCUCAACGACUCCAUCCCAGGUGAGGUGGUCCGUCGAAACGAAAAGUCCCAGAAGUCAGGGCCAAGCACAAAAGCCUUGGCUGAGACGGACAUCGCAGCAGUCUUGGCCAAAGGCUCCGGAACACGGGAAAAGUGGCUUAAGAAGGCUCUGCAGCAAGUGCACGAUGGUGAACUCCAAGCUGUAGACAUCUACAACAUAUUGAAGGUCCCUGACUUUGCCUCGGAUCUCAAGGACAAAACUGGGCGUAGCAUGUACAAGUUCUUAAUGUCGAGAAUCUCUGUGUUCUCCAAGGGGCAGCAGCGAUUCCUCGCAAAAGAAUGCAGCCUUGCACAAAUGUUUGGCGGAGAAGGAGGCCCAUCCCUUGUCAAUGACGACAACUCCAAGGCCAACCCAGAAGCUGCCGAGGAGAUGAUGGCACGAGUCCGCCAGUUUGUGCGGCAACAGCAGGGUGUGGAGCUGGACCAAGCCGUGGCAGGCGCUGUGGCUGGUGUUGUGCCUCCUCCACCCCCGCCUGCCAGUGUACCUCCAGUCCCUCCACCAGUAGUGCGACAAGACGUGUCAGCUGUGGCGAACAUCAUCGCCAGGGCAUCCAACACUGCUGUACACUACCAAGCGGCAAAGGCUGCCUAUGUGCCUCCACUUGAGUCAGCACAUGCUGAAGCUCCAGUUGAGGGAAGGACAGAGGAAGAAAGAAGACAAAGAGAGCCAUCAAGCUCACCUUCCAGAAGGAAAUCUAAAAAGAAGAAGCACCGAUCUCCCUCCGGAUCGCCGAAGGCCCGGAACUGCUCCCGCUCAAGGGACCGGCGGAGACGGUGA